AUGGUCGGUUUACAUGAUAAGACGGAUAACUGGGUUACCGGGGAAAAAGAGAUGGAAAAGGUGGCGGUUGAUUAUUUCUCGGAUUUAUUUACGACUACUUCCCCAGAUGAUUUCACGGACAUACUUGAAGGUAUUCCAGCGGUGAUCACGGAAACCGAUAAUGCACUGCUAAUGCGCCCAGCGUCGGAAGAGGAAGUGCGGGCGGCUCUGUUUCUGAUGAACCCGGAGAAAGCUCCCGGACCGGACGGGAUGACGGCCUUAUUUUUUCAAAAAUCAUGGCCGUUAAUAAAAACGGAUAUUUUGGGGCUUAUUAAUGAUUUCUUGAUAACGGGAGCCUUUGAUGACAGAUUAAAUUUGACGAACAUCUGCUUAAUCCCAAAGACAGAGCGUCCUACCCGGAUGACGGAACUGCGCCCAAUUAGUCUAUCUAAUUUCGGAGACCCAGUCAGCUUUUGUCCCAGGGAGACUGAUCUCGGACAAUAUUCUGAUAGCACAAGAAAUGUUUCAUGGCCUAAGGACAAACAGUCUUGUAAGGGAAAGUAUAUGGCGGUAAAAACUGAUAUGAGCAAAGCGUAUGAUCGAGUUGAGUGGCAAUUUGUUGAAGCCACAAUGCGGAAGAUGGGAUUCGGAGAACGAUGGAUCGGGUGGAUCAUGAAAUGCAUAAAGUCGGUUGUGUAUAAAGUACUCAUCAACGGGCAACCACGGGGAAAAAUAACUCCGAAUAGGGGCCUACGUCAGGGAGAUCCUUUAUCUCCCUACAUCUUUAUUCUCUGUACAGAAGUUUUGAUAUCAAAUCUUAAACGGGCAGAAUCUGUUAAAUCUCUAACGGGUCUGAAGGUGGCUCGUGCAAGCCCACCAGUAUCACAUUUACUAUUUGCGGAUGAUAGCUUAUUUUUUUGCAAGGCACGGUUGAGGAGAGUGCAGUUUUACUACAAAUUCUUCAGAACUACGAACGGGCAUCAGGCCAAAAAAUAA